AUGAGGCGUUUCCUGAGCAGAAAGGGCCGCUUCUCCCUGCGCCAGAGCAAGUCUGGGACCCGGAGUGCUUCCAAAGAUUUCUUCCUUGGCCUUCCACCCACCAAUCAGAACUGGCCUGAGGCAUUUGGCUUCCGACUGGGUGGCACAGGACCCAGUUACAUCCUGUCCGUGGUGGAGGGUAGUAGUGCUUACCUGGCUGGCCUGCAGCCAGGCGACCAGGUGGUGGACAUUGAGGGCCAGGAUGUAACCAACCUCAGCACACCGGCACUGAUCGCCCUGGCGCAGACCCUGAAGACGGUGCCGCCCAGCAUCGGAGUGGUGUCACGGAUCGAACAGAUUGACAUCACUCCCGGCCCAGAUGGACGUUUUGGCUUCACCAUCGUCGGAGACAGUCCUCUGAUGGUGGAGGACUGCAUGCCCAACGGUCCGGCUGGUCGCAAUGGUCUCAAAGCCGGGGACUACGUCAUGGAGGUCAACGGCAUCCCGGUGAAGCAUCACGAAACAGCAGCGGCCAUGAUCAAAGCAGCUCAGGGUCGACCUCUGCGUCUGGGCGUGCUCAGCAUGGCCCGGCGGCCCAAGCGACUGAGCAGCAGCAUGAGGGUGUUGUCACAGAGCGGGGACAGCGUCAGGGAGAGUCGCGCCCACAAGGCCAUGGAGUUCAACAAAAAAGUGGAGGAGGUUCUCGGAGAGGAGCCAGAUGUGAAGGAACAGCUGUUUGAGGUGCUCAAGCAGUACGCCGCUGAGAGGGAUGUGGAGAGUCUGGCUGAGGCCCUCCCCGACAUCUUGAUCACAGAGGAGCAUCAGCAGCUGAUUGACAGCGUCAGGAUCUUCAUUCCCAAGAAGCACCGGGAGCGUUUUGACGAGGUCGUUUCCCAAAGCCUGAUGAGCCGGCUCAAAGGGCGGAGCUUCAGUGACCCUAGCCGCAACCACCUUCGCCGCAGCCGGAGCGAGGAUCACCCCGAACGCCUUCUGGUCUCCACCCGCGCCAGUUCAGUGCCACGCACCCACGCAGAGGAAGGCGUGGUCCCCCCCGCCCGCGGCAUGCGCAAGACCACGUCACUCAUAGCUGGGCACUCCAGUGGCACCACCACGAACUGCAGGACAGUGCGAGUGUGUAAAGGUAACACAAGUUUUGGCUUCACUCUUAGAGGCCAUGCUCCAGUAUGGAUUGACUCUGUCAUCCCUGGAAGCCCAGCAGACAAGGCAGGUCUGAAACCAGGAGACCGCAUCCUCUUUCUCAAUGGACUGGACAUGAGAACGUCCUCACAUGAGAAGGUGGUGUCCAUGCUCCAGGGCAGUGGUGCCAUGCCCACUCUGGUAGUGGAGGAUGGUCCGCCUACUUUCGCGCUGGCGGAGCAAGACCUUGCAGGAGGUGGCAUUCCCACAGAGCGCGCCCGCUCCCCGGUGCUCAGCUCCCUUCAGUGGGUGGCAGAGAUUCUUCCCCCCAGUAUUCGGGUUCAGGGCCGCACCUUCGGACAGCAGCUGGAGCACCUGCUGACCAUUCAGGAGAGGUACACUAUCUGCAAAGCCCUGGAGAACUUCUUCCAGCACAGGAAUGUUGACACUCUGAUCGUGGAUGUGUUCCCGGUGCUGGAUACUCCAGCCAAACAGGUGAUCUGGCAGUUUGUUUACCAGCUGCUGACGUAUGAGGAGCAGGAGCACUGCCAGAGCAAGAUCUCACGCUUCCUUGGAUACAAAGCGCCAGGUGCUCCUGAGCCCGAGGUUGUCCCUGAGCCCCACCGGCGUAGCAGCUCCAUGAGGGUGACAGGGACCACGUACAGGAGCAGUGUGAGGGGACGUAGCUCUGAUGACCUGGUCAUCGGCACACACUUGGGCAUGGGCCUUCGUGCAGACACAGUGCUGGAGGCAGGGAUGAGGCUGGCUCCAGGAGAGAGGCAGUCAGGAGACGGUACUUCCCUUCCAGAGACUCCCAACAACCUCACCAAUCUUUCAGCAGUGUACGCUGAACUGGAGAACAUGUAUUCAUCCAAGAGGUCCAAGUCUCUGAAGAGUCGUCCUCCUCCCGCCCCCGAGAGUUUGCUAGAUCUGGAUCCUCCUUCGCGCACGGCCUCUCCAACAAUACAUGCUAACACAGGUAGCCGUAAAGGCCCGCCACCCCCUACAUCCUGGCCUGAGCCUCUCCCCAGUCCCCCUACACCCCAGUUCUAUCAGUCAGGGCUGACAAGCCAGACCAGUGCAGAGUCCAACCCCUACAUCAGCCUGGACAGUCCCCCUCCAUCACCUCCAGAGCCCCCGGACUACCCAUCUAGCCCCCCUCCUCUCCGCAGCAACAAGCGGCGUUACACCUUCUCCAAACCACCGCGCUCAGAAGACACAGAUCGCUUUCUGGAUGCGCUGAGCGAGCAGCUGGGACAGAGGGUGGCUAUCAUUGAUGACUUCCUGACUCCGGAGAACGACUAUGAGGAGGAUGUUGUGCAGAUGGGCUUCCCAGAUGAGGAGGAUGACGAUAACGAAGAGGAGUUGGGUGUGGACGAAGAUGAAAAUGGAGGAUUUGUGGGCCCAGAGCUCAGCAGCCCGAGUGAUGUUCAGAGCAGCAGUGGAGAAGAGAACGCCUCCUCCCUUACCUACUCUUCCUCUUCCGACCACAUCCCUCCACCACCGAUGACCCCUCCACCGCCCCCGCCUGUUCAGUUCAACGACCCGCCUCCUCCUCCACCUCCUCCUCCAGCACCUGCGCAGACUCAGUCUCAGCACCAACAACAGCAGCAACAGCUCAACUACACCCCUGAACACUCUCCGAGAGCAUAUGUGCCCAUUCGCCGAAAAUCUGGCCCCCCUCCUCCACCUCCACCGCGCAGUAAUCCACCACCUAAACGGCACUCCUUACAUAAAGUGCUGCCCACAAGAGAGGACAUUCAGGUCCGUGCUACCAUACAAGAGCUAAAAGCCUACCAAGAGCAACAAGCUUACCAGGAGAGACAAGCCUAUGAGGAGCAACAGGCAUAUAAGGAGAGGCAGGCGUAUGAGGAGCAGAAAGCCUAUGAAGAACAACUGAUCCAAGAGCAGCAGGCUUACCAGGAGCAACAGGCCUAUCAGGAGAAAAUGUUCAAGGAGAGACAGGCUUAUGAAGAGCAGAAGGCGUAUGAGGAGCAAAAAGCUUUUGAAGAACAACAAUUGUACCAGGAGCAACAAGCCUACCAAGAGAGACAGGCAUACGAGCAGCGCCAAGCCUACCAAGAACAAAAAGCAUACGAACAGCGCCAAGCCUACAAGGAGCAAAAAGCUUUUGAGGAGCUUCAAGCCUACCAGGAGCAAAAAGCUUAUGAAGAGCGUAAAGCUUAUGAAGAGCAAAAAGCUUACGAAGAGCGGCAGGCCUACGAGGAGCAACAAGCAUAUCAGGAGCAACAGAUCUACCAGAGCCACCACUCAAUGCCUAACCAGCCAACGCAGCAGAAAGCUCACUCGCCACUGCCUCUUCAACAGCUCCACCAGUCCUUACCCCCACUCCCUUCUCCAGACUCCGUCCAUCACCAUGCUAACCAUCCUCUUUAUAUGAUGCGCCAAGCACAGCAGCAGCAGGCCCACCAGAGUCAUCACCACCGCCGUCAGUCCCGUUCGGCCCCACCUCCACACCAGCCGUCGCCCCAACCAACAGCCCACCCGAGCCAACAAGGUCAAUACGCUGAGGGCAUCUACCAAAGCCAUCAAGGCCUGAGGACGCAGGCCCACCACUCCUCUGCUGAGAUGCUCCACCAGGUGCACCAAGCCCCACCCCAUCAUUCCUCUGCUGAGAUGCUCCAUCAGCUGCAACAAUCCCAGGCCCACCACUCGUCUGCUGAGAUGCUCCAGCAGAUGCAACAAGCCCAUGCGCACUACUCAUCAUCAGAGAUGCUCCACCAAAUCCACAAACCCAAGGCCCACCAUUCCUCAACAGAGGUUCUGCACCAAGGUCACCAGAUGCAGCAAAUGCAGCCUCACCACUCCUCGACCGAACUUCUCCAUCAAGUGCACCAGCUGCAUCGGGGACAACCACACCAUUCAUCCACUGAGCUGCUCCAUCAGAUGCACAAAGCCCAGGCCCACCACUCCUCGACGGAGCUACUCCAUCAAGCCCACCAGGUGCACCAAACUAAGCCCCAUCACUCCUCCACUGAGCUGCUCCAUCAAGCCCAGCAAGACCCACCAUCCCUCCCAGUUCAGCUAACCCGGGACAGCCACUCCCAUCAGAGUCGGAGAAGUCUUAAAAGUCAUCAUCAGACCCAAGUUUCACCACAAGGGAGACACCAGGAACAGCAGAUCCACCAAACUCAUCACCCCCAGCCCACCAAACCAUCUCCCCAAAGACCCCACUCUAUCCAGCAGACCCACCACCACUCCAGCACACCUCAGAUCCACCACAUCCACCAUAUGACCCCACAACCCCCUCCGCAGGACUACCAACACCAGAUUCAUGUCAUCCACCCUCCCCAGCAGCCCCACAGGCCUCAGCCCCUUCUCUCCACCUUUCAGCCCCUUCAGCCGCACCAGCCCACCCUCUCCACUUUCCAGCCUCUGCCUCAACACCACCAAUCCCAGCACCAAGUCCAGCCCUCCACCCAAGCCACGCGCCCGCAGUCCCAGCCCUCACAUCACCUGCUGCAGACGCAACACCAGCCCCAAACCCAGUCCCACCAUAAGCAGCCUCAUGGUCAGAGCCAGCCCCAGUCCCUCCCCCACUCACUAUCAGACCCUUCAGAGCACCUAGAGCCCCCUCCGCCUCCACCACUGCCUCCACCCUGCUCCCCUCCACCCUUGCCCAGGCCUUCGCUCUCCAGGAUGGACUCCAACCACAUGAGUGUGAAGAGGUUGCGCUGGGAGCAGGUGGAAAACUCAGAGGGGACUAUCUGGGGACAGUUGGGAGCAAAUUCUGACUAUGAAAAACUGCAUGACAUGGUGAAGUAUCUGGAUCUGGAGCUGCACUUUGGGACACAGAAGCCCUCCAUGCCUGCUCCAGAGCCAUCUCUCCUGCCAGAAACCUUCAAGAAGAAAGAUGUGAUUGAAAUUCUGUCCCAUAAGAAGGCUUACAAUGCCUCCAUCCUGAUAGCUCACCUGAAGCUGUCUCCUGGCGAGCUGCGUCAGGUGCUGAUGAACAUGGUCAGUGAUAGGCUGGAGCCAUCCCACAUCAAACAGCUGCUGCUGUACGCCCCCGAUGCAGAGGAGGUCAAACAGUAUGAAGCGUACAGACAGGACCCCAGCAAACUCAGCGAGCCAGACCAGUUUGUGUUGCAGAUGUUAUCAGUACCAGAGUACAAGACCCGCCUGCAGAGCCUCCUCUUUAAGUGUUCCCUGCAGGAGAAGACGGAGGAGCUGAGGGGAGCAUAUGACUGUCUUUACAAGGCUUCGCUGGAGCUGAAGACAAGCAAGAAACUGGCUAAGAUACUGGAGUUCGUGUUGGCGAUGGGGAACUACUUGAAUAACAGCCAGCCUAAAACCAGCAAGACAACAGGCUUCAAGAUCAACUUUCUCACAGAGUUGAGCACAACUAAAACAGUGGACGGGAAGUCGACGUUUCUACACAUUCUGGUCAAGUCGUUAUGUCACCACUUCCCUGAUGUGUUGGAUUUUUCCAAAGACUUAACAAUGGUUCCUCUUGCAGCCAAAGUAAAUCAGAGGACUAUUACAUCGGAUAUGAACGACCUACUUACGACCAUCCAGGACAUUCGCUCAGCCUGUCAGAAGAUGCCUGCGACUGCUGAGGAUCGCUUUGCUGUUGUCAUGAGUAACUUCCUGGAAAACAGUCACCCCGCAGUCCAGUCUCUGGAGUCCCUGCAGCAGAGAGCUAUGGAGGAGUUCGGCAAAACUGCCUCUUACUUUGGAGAAGACAGCAAAUCCACCAACACUGAGGCCUUCUUUGGUAUCUUUGCUGAGUUCAUUGGCAAAUUUGAGAGAGCUCUCAGUGAUCAGCAAGCUGCAGAAAACCAGAAGAGCCCAAGAAGUCCACGAUUGGCCUCACCACUGGCCUGGUAACACACACACACACUCACACGCACACACACGGAGAUGACUACAUACUUCAUACAGUACAUACACAUGUCCACAUAUACUGUAUACCACAUGCAUAAACACAUACACGCGCACAAUUUUGAGCAAAAAAACAAGGUUUUAUGUACUUGUGUGUUUUUGGUAAAUCAAUGGAGGGAGAAGCUUUGAAAUGAGGCAAAAGUGUCUUUUACAUCAAAGAUGGACAAUUUAGCUUUAUACCAGUGGUAUAGUAUGUACUGUAUAUGCUAACAGAGAUUUGUCAAAGUCUAAAAGUGAAAUGGUCUAGGCUGCUAUAUAGAAAACAACCUUGUUUGACGGUCAAGGUAUGUGUACUAUUUGACAGACAGUUACUCAGUAACAUCCUGUAGGUGAAGUUUUUUUUCUCUAAGCCUGAGUGUAAGUGUGCUAUUACAGUUCUGCAGUAAAAUCUUUGUUAUAUAUCCACAAAUAAGACAUAGAUUUACUAAAAUGAAUUUUAACCCAACAUAGAUAUUUAAUGAAAAUACAUUCAAAUACUCAUGGUGGUUUGGAAGAAACCACCAAAGCAGUUUCCUGUUAGUUUAUAUGUUGUGUAUUUUUGUAAGCUGCCCACCACACUGAAUGUAACAUAAGUUCUUUACUGACUAAGUGUAGCUUAUUUUCUCAAGUAAAUAUUCAUCAGUCCUGAUGACGGAUUGUUUCAUGUACUGCUUUGUAUCUGUGCCUCACUGUCAGCAGAUUUUCCAAAUUCCUACCAUGUCAGUUAUAGUUUGUUUUUUUCUAAAUGGUGUUGUUCUGACCUCUGAUGUUAUUAACAUGUAUAUAUGAGACGUCAGUGAGAAGUUGGCACUUAGUACUUGUUUUUAUAAAAGAUACUUUUAACUGUUCCAAGGAUCAUUUUUAAGCAGUCUGCGGUCAGAAACAAUAGGGAUGCACUGAAACUGUGAAAUCCUGCGUCAAUACCGAUGUUUAAAAUAACAACUUGGCCGAUAAUCGAUACUAUUUUUUGUUGUUGUUCAUUUUGUUUUUGAAAAAAAGGAAUAUUUUGAAAUCAUUCAGCCCUUCAUUACAGUAUCUUUGAAUGAGCACAAAUUCAACCAUUCAAAUUUACAAAGUGACCUAUAAAACCUUCUUUCACAUAAACAAAACAACCUCUUUUUGAUAACUGCUUCAAAAGCCUUUUUACAACAUAUGAUAUAUCAUAACCCCUCCCUAAUAUCUAUUUUAUAAACAUCAACAAAUUUCUCCUUCAGACAACUGUGUUUAUUGAAGUUUCUCCCAAAAACUGAAUGUUACAAGAUUAAAUGUGAACACAUCACUAGACUGUUAUAAUUUAUUAAUAAUAAUAAUAAUAAUAAUAAUGACUUUAUUAAGGACACAGAGAAAGGUCCAUAAUAUGAAAGCAGACAGUCAUCUAUGUACAAAAGUAAGCUAUAAAAAAAUACAAUGUAUAUUAAAUAAAAAAAAAAAAGACAAGAAAUAGAACACUACAUGAUGCAAGUUCAUAUAAUAAAGGCAUAAUUCAAUAAUUUACCUUUGCCAAUAGUCAUUUUUACCGAAUAGAGGCUGAAUGCAUCAUAAUGUAACUUAUGCUGCCUUUAAAUGGAACUCAUGAGCUCAUGGUUACGACAUGGGAAGUCGUGCACACAAUAUGUUUGGUGUUCAAGUCGCGAGGACGAUGCUGCCAGGCAGCAGCAACAUGGACACUACUGUCUGCGUCUAGACGCCACUGAGGCUAACAGUUUAGGGAGCUAGUAAGCAGGGAAUGCAGCCUAGAAGAUGCAAAGGCGUAAUUAUAAAGGGGAAAAGACAAGGCUGUUGGGAAUAUCAGACAGUAUAAAAAUAUGAACAAUACCUCUAUACGACUAACAUUACAAUUUAUUAAGUUACCAUCCACAGAAAUAAACUUCCAUGGUCUCUGUCAUUUCUGAAAACGUCAGCAAAUACGUCACAACUCAUGAACUCAGAGUUCUCUGAAAAUGUCCACUUAUGAGGUUGUGUAUACCACAACAGGGAGGCAGUCACAUGGACUCACGACCCCAUUUGAAGGCAGCAUCAACGCAAACUCCCUUAGCUGUUGGUUUAGCCUCCAGCUGCUAACAGCUAACGUUCACUAGCUCUCCUUCCGCCAAUUUUAACACUGAUUCUUUGUUCACUUUGUAGAAAAAAUAGGCUGCGUCCCCGAUGCGUCUUUAGUGAGUUCACUGUCCUUCUGUUCCGAAGGCAUCCUGGAGAAGAUCUCUGUUUGUCCCAAACACCUUUUCUAUUGUCCCUGGGAUGAUUGGAUGCCGUUAAUAAUCGAGCUCUGCUUUUUAGCCUGUGCAAAACUGAUGUGACACAACAGAAAAACAUCAUCCACUGCCUUCGAUGAAUGUCAUCAUGUUUACUGAUAGACCAACAGCAGUCGAGACGAAUAUGGUUUGAUACGAUGUUCAGCUAUAAAUCGGUGCAUCCCUAACAUACACUGAUCGCAGGCUGCAGAACGUGGAUAAUGUGGAGCUAACAGCGGGCAGUGUGCAAUAUGUGAAUGUUUAGCUGUGUUCCACUGUUGGAUAUCAUACUAAAUAUUAUUAUACUAUAUGAAACUAUAACAGAGACGUAUUGUGUUUGUACUGUACAGAAUGAGAGUGGAUGUAAAGAAAACCGAUACAGAUGCCACAUAUGAAGCACUUUGUUACGUUCAUGUAUUAUUUCUUUUAUUGACUGUGUCAGUUAUACGACUGAGAGGACAGCAGUGUCAUUAAGUUUAGUGUAGCAGAUGCAGCGUUUUAUAUACAAACUAAUAAUGCAGCUUCUUCUGAGAUGUGCCAGUGCUCUGUAAAACAUAAAGCUUAGUCCUCAAGUGAUAUUUUUAAACAGUAAGGCAAAUUAUUACAAUAAGAAUAACGUGCGCAGCUAGUAAAAACUUUGUUUUCUAAUGGUCUCAGUUGUUUUAUUUCCUGCUUAAAUUACAGAAUGUAAACCUCUAAAGCAUCGCUGUCCAUUUAAGGUCUAUAAAGUGUUAAGUCUGUAUUUUGUAUUGUAUCCUAACAAUGCUGACAACUAUAAAGAGUGGAAUGAAAUCUGCUUUCGCCUGGAUGUCUUGAGUUUUUAAGAUUUUUGAUGUGCCAACGAUGGAAAUUGGUUUGUCUUACAGAGAAAUAAUACUGCGUCCAUUCGUGUAUCAUUGACAGGAUGAGGGGGAUCAAGUACACUUGUUUGUACAUUUCCGUCAGCUCUUGUGAUGCAGAUUGUUAUGUCCUUAAAGCUGCUGCUGAAACACCUGCUAUUGCUACAUCCAUUUUACCUGUCCUGCUGCAGCAACAUCUCACAUUAACAUCUG